AUGAUUGUCGAUACUACUCAAGAUUUAUCAAAAACAGACCAACUUAGUAUUUCCUUUCGAUUUGUUAAAAUUUGUUAUAACAUAAAUGGAUCUCCUCUCCUAAUAAAAAUUGAAGAAAAAUUUUUAGGGUUUUUUAAAGUUAACAAUCAAUCGGCAAGUGCUAUAUCAAAUCAAAUUAUUAAUAUACUAAAAUCAUUUAGUCUUGAUUUGAAAAAAUGUAGGGGACAAGGUUAUGAUGGGGCGAGCAACAUGAGUGGAAUUUACUCUGGAGUACAAACAAGAAUAAAAGAAAUUGAUAAAAACGCAAUAUUUAUUCAUUGCGCGGCCCACAAUUUAAAUUUAGUAAUAAAUGAUGCUAUGAAUGGGGUGCCAGAUAUUAGCAACUGCUUUCCUAGUAAUCAAGAAAUAUAUACAUUUUUUGGUAUUAGCAUAAAUAGGUGGGAUAUAUUAUCAAAAAUAACAGGAGAAUCAGAAGUAACGUUAAAAAAAUUAAAUCCUACACGCUGGGCGUCUCGUUUAUCAUCUUGUAUAGCCAUAAAACAAAGAUAUGUAGACGUAAUGAAAGCUUUAUCUAAAAUUAUUUUGGAAAGCAAUAAAAACGCAGAAAUAGCACAAGCGACCGGUUUAAGAAAGAAAAUGGAUUGUUUAGAUUUUCUUUGCAUUUUGAUGUUAAUUAUUGAAAUAUUAGCACCAUUAAAUAUCGUUUCAAAAUUAUUACAAUCUAAAAAUAUGGAUUUGGAUAAAGUUUGUUCAUUAUUAGAAACUGGAAUAAAAGAAAUAAAAUCACUGCGCAAUAAUUUUGAUGAUAUUCUUGCAAAAUGGAAUAUAGUUCCAACUUUUAAACAAUCACAAAUAAAACGAACAAAAAAACUGUUUGAUGACGGUGGUGUAAAUUUUCGUUUUAAAACGGCUGAACAUUAA